AUGAACCAGGUGUGGUCCUCGCCCUCAAGGAGCCCUGCUGGGGGAGAGAAACCCUUAGGAGACUACAGUACAGGUGUCUGGCAGGAAAUAUGGACAUUAAACAGGCAAAUACGCGGCACUGCAAAGACUCUUGGAAGUGCAGUGCCCAGAAAACCUGUCUUAUCUGUCAGUGCGAGAAAAAUUAAGGACAAUGCAGCCGAUUGGCAUAAUUUAAUCCUGAAGUGGGAAACCCUCAAUGAUGCAGGUUUUGCUACUGCAAAUAACAUUGCCAACAUGAAAAUCAGUUUACUGAGUCGUGAGAAGAUAGAGUUGGAGAGCGGCAGCCCGGCUUGCGAUGAAAAUGCUGAACAGAGGCCUCCAGAUUAUAGCAGGGAGCUGGAGGAGCUGUGCGAGGAGCUGCAGGCCACCGUGGAUGGUUUGACCAAAAUACAGGUGAAAAUGGAAAAGCUGUCUUCAACUACCAAGGGCGUUUGUGAGCUGGAAAAUUACCAUUACGGGCAAGAGAGCAAGCGGCCACCCCUGUUUCACACAUGGCCCACAGCCCACUUUUACGAGGCUUCCCGCCAGCUCUUGGACAUGUACCGGGCAGAGCUGCUCCUGAAGCGCACCAUCGUGGCAGAGCUGGCACACACUGCGGACCACGACCUCAUCCUGACCUACUUGUCCCUGUGGCUGCACCAGCCCUACGUGCAGAGUGACAGCAAGCUGCUGCUGGAGAGCAUGCUGCUCGAGACGGGGCACCGAGCGCUGUGACUCCCACACGGCCUCGCGCUUCUCCAGGCCCUGGCUGCUCCGCUGGCCUCUACAGCACCCUUGGUGGACAGUCUUGCAUGGGGGACCCAGGGCCGCACCCUAGCGUCAUGCCCCAGGCUCUGGCAUGGCCACCUGCUGACCUUGGGGCCGUCCAGACUGGACCAUCUCACCAGCUGUCUGCGGGCUCUCCAGACACUUGUGUUGCUGCUGCGUGCCAUCUGCCUCUCAGUGUCACCUGUACCCAGUGUGAACCGGUCACCCAUUAGGACCUGGCAUGAAAUAAAUGAGUUCAACAGAA